GUCACGCCGCCGGGCAGGGGCCCCUGGAGGAAGGAACGCGGCUGGCGGUGGAGGCCUGGGGUCCGGGGAGCGGGCGGCGCCCUUGCGCGGUGGGGGCGAGUGGGAGACCCGCUCCGGGCGCUCCUGGAUCCCCGCUCCGGCUCCGCCCCGGGCCUGGGCCGCCCGCCCGCAGGUCCCCCCUCGCCUCCCCGCAGCCUCCUAUCCUCCGGGCACCCGCUGCGGCGCUGGUCCAGCGCUGGGGGAGGACUGCAGGCGGCGCGGGCUCCCCGGCAGGAAGCAUCUGCGCGCCGCUGGCCUUCCGCGUGGUGCGAUCAGCGCUUUGGGAGAGGUCGUGGUGACUGUGUCCGUGGAGCCGGGCUGCGUGCUGCCCCAGCAUGAAUGGCUACGUGGUCCUGAGAGUGAUCGGAGAGGGCUCCUUCGGCAGAGCCCUUUUGGUUCGGCAAGAAAGCAGUAAUCAGAUGUUCGCCAUGAAGGAAAUAAGGCUUCCCAAGUCUCUCUCGGGUACGCAGAAUUCUAGGAAGGAGGCUGUUCUGUUAGCCAAAAUGAAACACCCCAAUAUCGUUGCCUUUCAAGAAUCAUUUGAAGCUGAGGGACACCUGUAUAUUGUGAUGGAAUAUUGUGACGGAGGGGACCUCAUGCAAAAGAUAAAGCAUCAGAAAGGAAAGUUGUUUCCUGAAGAUACGAUCCUUAAUUGGUUUACACAAAUGUGCCUUGCAGUAAAUCACAUUCACAAGAAACGUGUGUUACACAGAGAUAUCAAGUCCAAGAACAUCUUCCUCACCCAAAAUGGAAAAGUAAAACUGGGAGAUUUUGGAUCUGCCCGUCUUCUCUCCAACCCUAUGGCGUUUGCUUGUACGUAUGUGGGAACACCUUAUUACGUGCCCCCUGAAAUUUGGGAGAACAUGCCUUACAACAAUAAAAGUGACAUCUGGUCCUUGGGAUGCAUUCUGUAUGAACUCUGUACCCUUAAGCAUCCGUUUCAGGCAAAUAGCUGGAAAAGUCUUAUUCUCAAAAUAUGUCAGGGGUCCCUGCACCCACUGCCGUCUCAGUACUCCUGUGAACUGCAGCAUCUGAUCAAGCAGAUGUUUAAAAGGAAUCCCUCCCAUCGCCCUUCUGCUACAACACUUCUCUCUAGAGGCUCUUUGGCUCGGCUUGUCCGCAAGUGCUUACCCCCAGAGAUCAUUACAGAAUAUGGCGAGCAGGUAUUAGAAGAAACCAAAAAUUCUAAGCAUAGCACACCAAGAAAAAAAGCAGACGCCGGCGGAAUCAGGGUAGCUUUGGAACAUGAGGCAACCGCCAUGCCAGGGGAAGAACAAGGUAGAAAGUACAGCCACACUGAUUUAGAAAACAUUAAUAAAAAUUCAGUGGAAAGUGCCCUGGGGACAGUAAACAAAGGGAAAGAUAAUAAAUCAGUCCAUCUGAGGAAACCCAGUUCACCAAGUCCUCUCAGGCGACAGUGGGAGAAAAAUGUCCCCAACACUGCUCUCACGGCUUUGGAAAAUGCAGCCAUACUCUCCUCCAGUUUAGCAGCCGGGGAUGAGAGAGGUGGUUCUGUAAUAAAGUACAAUGAAAAUAACACCCGUAAGCAGUGGCUCAAAGAGACUCCAGAAACUUUGAUGAACAUCCUUAAGAAUGCGGAUCUCAGCUUGGCGUUUCAAACAUACACAAUAUACAGACCAGGUUCAGAAGGAUUCUUGAAGGGACCCCUGUCUGAAGAAACAGAAACGUCAGACAGUGUGGAUGGAGGUCACGAUUCUGUCAUUUUGGACCCAGAGAGACUGGAACCUAGACUGGAUGCAGAGGACACGGAUUUCGAGGAGGAUGAAGACAGCCCUGACUGGGUGUCAGAGCUGAAGCAGCGAGCCGGCUGGCAGGGAGUGUCGGAUGCAUAGCGCCCCAGCAAGUGCUCCACGGUCACAUCGAGUAGAUGUUUAAAGUGAGGAAUUAAUGUCCGGAUAGUAUCAGUGCACGGGAUUUAUAGUUUUCUUUGGACACAGAAUGAAGAGGGGGAAACUGAAUAUCUAAAAUUGUUCCUGAUUAGUACCACAAGAUUUAAAAAAUCUGUAGCUCAUGAGUUUUUGAACUGAAAGGAGGAGGGGUAGAAGAAUGGCUUUGCAAUCAGAACAGAAAUCGGAUGCUACUGCUUACACAGUUUGUGCGAUUGUGGGAAAUUAUUUAAGCUCUUUGAACUCCAAUUUCCACGACCCUAAAACGAGGGUAGUCAGGCCUUCCUCAUAGGGAUGCUGACCAAAGACCAAAGGCAGCAGCCCAUUAUGUCGUUUCUGCACUGUCAUGAUUGGUGCUUAAUUGCUGUAUAACUCUUUUUACAUUUCUGAAAGGUUUGAGGAUCUAAAUAAAUUUAAUUGGAACAAAAUAACGUUGUGCGGUUU